AAUUAAAAAGGAGGACCAUGUCUGAGAAUGCUCUGUGCCUUUAGUCAGAGAGCAUCGGUCUCUUCCUUUUAUCUUGUUGAGGAAGAGAGAGAGAUAAACAUUUCUCUGGUGCUUCAUAUUUGUAAGAAGAGGGAGAGAGAGAGAUGGGAAGGGCUCCUUGUUGUUCGAAGGUUGGUUUGCACAGAGGUCCUUGGACUCCCAGAGAAGACACAUUGCUCACCAAAUAUAUUGAAGCUCAUGGGGAAGGCCAUUGGAGAUCCUUGCCCAAAAAAGCUGGCCUCCUUAGGUGUGGGAAGAGUUGCAGGCUAAGAUGGAUGAACUACCUCAGGCCAGAUAUCAAGAGAGGAAACAUUACUCCAGACGAAGACGACCUAAUAAUCCGACUGCAUUCACUUCUCGGAAACCGCUGGUCUCUCAUAGCAGGUAGACUUCCGGGUCGGACCGAUAACGAGAUCAAGAACUACUGGAACACCCAUCUGAGCAAAAGGCUCAUGAACGAAGGAACUGACCCGAACACGCAUCAAAAACUAUCCCAGCCUCCGCCGCCCAAGGAAAACAAGAGGAAGAAGAAGCAGAACCACAAAUCCAAGCACAAGAACAAGACUGAGAAACGCUCAUUACCUGAAAAGCCUAAGGUCCAUCUCCCCAAACCCACCAGGAUCACUUCCUUUGUUAACCUACCAAGGCAAGAUAGCUUUACCACAGCUAGUACCAAUGUGUCUUCUAGUCAGGAUCAAGUUCAGGAUCAUAUUAACAAUAUUAUUCCUUGGUCUGAUAUCAAAGAGGGUGGGGCGGUCUUCUCCGUCGGUGAUGGGUCGACGUCGUCGGAUUUCGAGUGUGAUCAGUCUCGGAUAAUACCUAAUGUUGCAGCCGGUGGGGAUGACCACAGUCUGGAAAAUAUUUACGAGGAAUAUCUGCAGGCCCUUCUGAAGACGACAGAUCAAGAUCAGAACUAUCAGGUUGAGUUGGAUACUUUUGCUGAGUCGCUGCUGAUCUAAGUAUAAUAAGAAUAAGAAUGCUGUCUGCAAGCUAAUAGGAUUAUUGUUCUCUCUCUCUUGCGCGCGCGCAAGGUUUAGUGUUUGAAAUUGAAUCUUAGGUCUUCACGUGCUUACCUUCUAGUUCUAGUCAAGGUUCUGUUUAUGUUUCAAUAAUAACUUGUGUGUAGUCGAUCCAUCAUGUUGAGCUUUAUUAAUGUAUAUGGUAGAAACCAUGAUGAUGCAUGGUGGAAAUUUACAAAGAAUCAAUAAUCAACAUCCAAUAUAAGUCGAUAUGUU